GGGGCUUCUUCUUUUCCCGUGACCGGCGGCGGCAGCGUUCAGCGGCGGCGGCGCCUCUUCCUAAUUCCGGCUUCUCCUAGUGCAGGUAAAAGAAAGUCAAGUCGUGAUGGAUAUCUAUGACCCCCAGACCUUGGGAGUUAUGGUGUUUGGUGGAUUCAUGGUCAUUUCAGCCAUUGGAAUCUUCCUGGUAUCUACCUUCUCCAUGAAAGAGACAUCCUAUGAAGAAGCCCUAGCCAAUCAGCGUAAGGAAAUGGCAAAAACUCACCAUCAAAAAGUGGAAAAGAAAAAGAAGGAGAAACCUGUGGAGAAGAAGGGACGGGCAAAGAAAAAGGAGGAGAAACCUAAUGGGAAAAUCCCUGAACCAGAAUUGCUUCCCAAUAUAACUGUCAUCUCCAGAGACCCCAUAUCUGAGAAAGGUGUGGUGGUGGCUCCUAUUGUGGUAGAACCUGUCAAACCUUCUAAAUCUCCAGUGACAUCAGCAGCAGUACCACCACCAAAAGCAGCAGCAUCACCUCCACCAACAAAAGGAGCAGCCGCAGCAGCAGUGCAACCAACAAAAGGUGCAGCACAGCCAACUAAAGGAAUAGCAGUGCAGCCACCAAAGGGAGGAGGAGGCGCAGCAGCAGCAACAGUGCAGCCAGCAAAAGGUGCAGCACAGCCAACUAAAGGAAUAGCAGUGCAGCCAUCCAAAGGAGGAGGCGCAGCAGCGGUGCAGCCAGCAAAGGGAGGAGGAGGCGCAGCGGCACAGCCAGCAAAGGGAGGAAGGGCAGCGGCACAGCCAACAAAAGGAGCAGCGGUGGUGCAACCAAGCAAAGGAGCACAACCAUCAAAAGGAGCAGUGCCACCACAAACAAAAGGAGCAGCAGCACCACCAGGAAAAACUGCAGCGGUGGCAGUGGCGCCAUCAUCCCCAGUAGAGCAAGGGGCAGAAGCACCUUUAGGGAAGCGGGCAGCACGGGCAGCGAGAGCAGCAGCAGCAGCCCAGGCAGCGGCAGUGCAGGCAGUACUGGUGCCACCUACAUCACCAGAAGCGGAAGGGGCAGCGGCACCAGCACCAUUAGGGAAGCGGGCAGCACGGGCAGCGAGAGCAGCAGCAGCAGCAGAGGCAGCAGUGCGAGCAGUACCAGUAGUGCCAGCAUCACCAGUGGGGCAAGGGGCACCAGCGCCACUGGGGAAGCGGGCUGCACGGGCAGCUCGGGCAGCUGCAGCACAGGCAGCGGCGGCACAGGCAGCGGCAGGGGCAGCGGAGGCAGCGGUGCAGGCCGUACCAGCGUCACCGGUGGGGCAAGGGGCAGCACCAGCACCACUGGGGAAGCGGGCAGCGCGGGCAGCUCGGGCAGCUGCAGCACGGGCAGCGGCAGCAGAGGCAACAGGGCAGGCAGUGCCAGCAUCACCAGUAGGGCAAGGGGCAGUGGGACCAGUGGCAUCUGGAGGACAAGCUACAUCAAAAGCAGCUCGAGCAACAGCAGCAGCCCAGGCAGUACCAGUGGUGCCAACGUCACCGGUAGGGCAGGGGGCACCAGCAGCUCCAGGGGGUCGGGCAGCAGCAAAGGCAGCUCGAGCAGCAGCAGCGCAAGCAGUGCCAGUAGCAGCAGUGCAAGUAGCACCAGUAGCAGCUGUGGUAGCAAGUGCCCCUGCACCCCCGCAAGGGCAACCUGCUUCAUCCCCUAAGGAAAAGAGGAAAAAGGAAAAGAAGGUGGCAAAGGUAGAGCCAGCACCCAGCCCUGUUGUGAGUUCCAUGCAUGUCCUUUCCUCUAAGUCCUCAGUGCUUGAAGCUGCUCCCAAAGAGGUCCCUGUGGUCGCUGUUCCUCCUGUUGGCACAAAGACCAAUGCCCCAAAGGCAGAAGUCAUCCUCAACCAUGAGGAGCCAAAGCAAGAAGCCCCAUCAAAGAAGAAGUCUUCCAAGAAAAAGAGUGAGCCAACUCCAACAGAUUCUGAUGGCCCCCUCUAUCUGCCCUACAAGACUCUGGUAUCUACCCUCCGAAGUACAGUUUUCAAUGAAGGGGAAGCCCAUUGUCUCAUCGAAAUCUUAUCAGAGAAAGCAGGAAUUGUUCAAGAUACCUGGCAUAAGGCUACUCAAAAAGGUGAUCCCGUGGCAGUUUUAAAGCGACAGCUGGAAGAGAAGGAAAAGCUGCUGGCCACCGAACAACAGGAUGCUGCUGCCGCCAAAAACAGACUAAGGGAACUUAAUAAGGAGCUUGCAUCCGAGAAGUCAAAGGCGGCGGCUGGGGAGGCCAAUGUGAAAAAACAGCUCUUGGCCAGGGAGCAGGAGAUCAUGGCUGUACAAGCACGCAUGAAAGCUAGUUACCGGGACCACGUCAAUGAAGUGCAGCAGCUGCAGGGGAAGAUUCGAAGUCUUCAAGAGCAAUUGGAGAAUGGACCAAACAUGCAGCUGGCUCGUUUACAGCAAGAGAACUCAAUUCUGAGGGAUGCUUUGAAUCAAGCAACCAGUCAGACUGAGAGCAAGCAGAAUGCUGAAUUGGCCAAGCUCAGACAAGAGUGUAGUAAGCUCACAAAAGAAGUGGCCGAAAAGUCUGAGGCUGUGCAGCAGGAGGAACAGCAGAAGAAGAGCUUGGAGAAACAGGUCCACCAGCUGCAGGUUUCUCAAAAAGAAAAAGAAGAUGCCCUCCAGAAGAGACUAGAUGAAGUGAGCGGAGAGCUGCGCAAAUCCCAGUCCAGCUACAAAAAUCUUUUGGCAGACUUGGAGAAAGCAAAAGGAGAUCAGCAGAAUAUUGCUGAACUGCAUAGCAAAUUACAGUCCUCUGAAACAGAGGUGAAAAGCAAGUCUGAAGAGUUGAAUAAACUCAAAGGAAAGCUGUUGGAGUCCAGUACAGAAAAUGCAAGACUCACAGAAAGGAUCAAAUCCAUCGAGGCUCUCUUGGAAGCUGGCCAGGCCAAGGAAGCCAAAGACACCCAGGCUAGCCAAGCAGAGGUGGAACAGCUUCAAGCAAGGCUCAAAGAACAUGAGGCUCAGGUCACAUCUUUGGAAAAGGAAGCUACGGAGCUAAAGGCGGCCGUCGAGCAGCAAAAACUAAAAAAUAAUGACCUCCGAGAGAAAAACUGGAGAGCAAUGGAAGCUUUGGCAUCUGCUGAAAAAGGAUGUGAGGAGAAAUUGAGUUCUUUAACCAAAGCAAAGGAAGAAGUAGAGAAGCAGGUCAGCAGCACUCAGACAAAGACAAAGGAAACUCUUCUCUCCCUCUUCCCAGACAUCUCAAUAACCACACAACAGAGUUACGAUGAGUGGCUACAGGAAUUCAAAGAGAAGAGUACAGAAGCUGUAAAGCAGAAAGCACCUGCUGGAGUAUCUUUGGACUUAGCCUCUAAGUUAAAGGAAGCUGAGGAAGCCCAAAGCACUUUACAGUCGGAGUGUGACCAGUACCGAACCAUCCUCGCAGAAACGGAAGGCAUGUUGAAAGAUCUUCAGAAGAGCGUGGAGGAGGAAGAGCAGGUGUGGAAAGCCAAGCUCACAGUAUCAGAAGAAGAGCUCCAGAAGUCACAAAUCAAAGUGAAACAUCUCGAAGAAACCUUGGAGAAGUUAAAAGGAGACUUACAGAGUACAGCUCAGGUCAAAGAAUAUGCGACUCUCUUGGAGGCACGGCUGGAGGAGCACAUGUUAACAUCCAGUGCAGAAUGUCAAAAGUAUGCAGAAGAGGUUGAGUCGUUGAGGGACCUUUUAACAGAAGCCCGAGAGCAGAUGGAUGCAGCUAACAGUGAAGCACAGAAGCAGAGCAAGGAACUCGCACUGGUCAGGCAGCAGUUGAGUGAAAUGAAGAACCAUGUACAGGAUGGUGAAGUUGUUGGGUCGCAGGCUGACCUAACUGAGCAGGAACCUGUCGAGGUUAGGGCGCUGAAAACACAGCUGGAGCAUACAGAAACCCUCCUAGAGAAGGAACAGAUCCAGCUGCAGAAGCUGACAGCUGAGUUUGAGGAGGCCCAGAAUUCAGCAUGUAAUUUGCAAGCAGAAUUGGAGAAACUUCGAGCAUCCACCAGCAUGGAGUCUUCAGAAACGGAGGAAGCUGUUCAGCUGAAGGAAAGGCUGGAAAAAGAAAAGAAGUUAACAAAGGGCUUGGGUCAAGCUGCUACCAAGCUCCAAGGGCUUUUGAAGAUAAGCCAGGAGCAGUUAACCAAGGAGAAAGAAAUGGUAAAGAAGUUGCAAGAGAAGCUUGAGAAAACGGAGGAUGCUGGUAGUGCAAAGGAAGGGACCUCUGUCUGAAAAACCUCUGGAAUUAAAAGUUCCUUAUUCAAGUUUACCAAAAUGCCUUACACAUUCCUUAAAAACAAACCAACCUGAAAAAAAAAAUACACAUGUUCCACAUCCUGUAGCUAUGAGACAGAAGCCAUUAGUGAACCAGAACCUUUUAGAUUCACACACACACAAAAAAAAAAACAAAAACAAAACCAUACUACAGGCACCACCUUUGUAAAGGAAUCUUUGUAACGUUUUCUAAAACGGUAUUCCCUGGGGCAAGCCCUGGACUGUCAGGAAGCGGACUCCAAAGCCUUUAUUAAUUCUUCUGUAUGAACAGAACCCAUGAAUGUGUGAAACAGGGGAGGGGGGUGGGGGGGGAACGGGAGGGAGAAGGUCUAUGUAUCUGUCCGUCAAUCAGUGCAAUUGUUUUUUGUUGGGGGUGGGGGUGGGAGUGACUGUUUCUGCAGAGUUAUUGAGAAUGGGGAGAAAGAGCAGGCUUGAGAGGGAAGUGGCAAGGAAGUGGGCCAUGCAGUUGCCAACAAGACCUGAUUGUGAAUUUCUGGAUGUUACUGCUAUUAAAACCAAUGUUGUAGCCA